CACGGAAGGAGUAGAUCUUGUGAUAGUUCCUGAUGUCAACUUGCGAUCAUGGUACAUCAUUUGUCGUCAUAUCAAAAUCAGUAAACAAAGGGAAAAUGUGAGCAAAAAUAUUUACAGAUUCUGACAAGAUUGCAAGGAAAAAAGACCCUGUGCUUCGGAGGGUAUACGCGUCUUCAUCAAUGGAUCGGCCAUGCAAAUCUUGGUCACAUUUAAUUAUCAAAGAGCAUCGUCUUAUGAAUGAUGCCAUAAAUACUGUUUUGUUAGUUUUUAGGGGUUUCGCAACGGCCAGGGUCAUAUGGAGACGUGUGUCGAGGAGAUUUUGACUUUUAAAAUAAAGGAUGAUAAUUUCAACAAUGAUAGUUGAUAACACACAAGUUAAUAUAUUUAAUCUAUACUUAGAAUUGGUUUCGCCCUCACGAAGCACCCGUUUGAACAGUUGCAACUAAACCUUACGCAAAUAGGCCUAUAUACUUCCUGCCUGAUAAUAUUCUGAGAAGCACAUAAAAUAUCGACAAGCAUGUGGUAUUUUUCUACCAAACGGUGCCCACCCCCGUAUACCUAUAUUCCCGGGUCGGUAUUUAUUGAUUGGAGAACAUCCUGCUUUAGAGUAUACUUGUCAAAACCUCGGCGGCCUUAUCAGUCACCUUCACAAAUUGUCGGAGUUAUUAGAGAGAGAACAUGACUGUCUAUAUCGCCCUUCUGUGGUGUGUGUUCCUGUGCUCCUUAUCCCCGGGGAAUGGGGUUGGGCAGUUCUCGCUGCCUCCCCUGCCCCCACAGCCAUCGUUUAAAGCGGCCGGGAUCACGUAUGAUGAUGCGGGUAUGGGGCCUUUGUUUGACUUCGCCAGGAGUUUUGUGGAUACGUCCCUGUCAGCAGGAUUUCCUACACAACUAAUAAAGGAUAUAACGAAUGGAAACAUCUCUUUUGAUAUGGAUAUGAUCAAACAGCUCCUCCUCGACUACAUCGGAUAUGCCAUAGCUGUUGUCCUUGGUAUCCUCUUCGUUAUCCUGUUUCCUGUCAUCGGCUGUUGUUUCUGCUGCUGUCGUAAUUGCUGUAGAGCCUGCUGUGAUCGCCCGAAGACUGCCGAUCCGAAAGCAUCCUGUAAACGAAAGGUUUACGGAAGUAUCUUCUUUGUCCUUGUCACAUUUACAAUUGUAGGAAAUGCGUGUAUAUACGUAUCAAAUGGGAGGAUAAGCACAGCCUUAGACAAAGUCACCGGUACCGUCACAGACAACCUGGACGAUUUCGACACGUUUCUGAACUCAUCAGAAAAGCAAAUUGAACAAAUAAAAACCAACUUCCAUCUGACUACCGACGAAAUCAACAAGCUACUGAACUCAACUAGUUUCAGUCAGACACUGUCCGAGUAUGCUGUGUCCAGUCUGACCGGAGGAGCUGUACAGCGUCUUCAAGAUAGUGCCGAAUCUGUAAAACACAAUAUAGACGGCAUACAGGCAGAACUCAACAAACCGGGUUUUACUAGUGCUAUAACUGCGCUGAAAGUAUUGCCUGGUGGGUCCGGAUUGGCACCACCCUCAGUAAACCUUCCAACCAUUGACACUGGCAUUCUUACUGACGUUACAAGUAGUCUGAAAAGCGCAGUCGGUUCCGCUACCGGAAGCAUAACAGCACAGCUUAACGCUGCUAAGACACAGGUUUCACAGUUGUCAGGCCAAGUCGAUAGUGUCGUAGAUGGAAUAAAAACUACAAUAGAUGACGCCAAGCAGUCGAACUUAGAUAGCAUCAAAGAUACUGUCAGCGAUACAGUGGAUACCAUUAAACCUUAUGACAAAUACAGAUGGAUUGCUGGAGUAUCGAUCGGGGGAAUUAUUUCACUGAUUGUUGGACUACAGUUUUUUGGGUUGGGUUUUGGUGUUUGCGGCAGCUGCGGUUCUUCCUCUGAGGAUUCUAAAGGCUGUAUGUCCAACUCUGGCGGAAGGAUGAUCAUUGCAUCUAUCAUCUUCAUCUUCCUGUUUUCCUGGCUGUUGAUGUUGCUGACCACAUUGUUGUUCUCUGUCGGGGCAUUGGUAGAGAAAUUUAUGUGUGAACCCCUGAAGGAUCCGCAACUCACGGAUAUAGAAUCGGUACUGGACGACAUUGUUGAUAUGAAUUCAAUGCUGCAGUACCAGCAGGAACCGCCCAGUCUGGGCACAAUACUGAGUUCUUGUAAGGAAAACAAGGCGAUCUACAGUGCUCUGCAAAUGGACAAAAUGGGAAACCUGGUUGAUUUUCCUGCACUUGAACAACAAAUACAAUCGGCAAAGACCGUUGACAAGUGUGCGAAGUUUCUCAAAAUUAUCAAAAACGAAAGCGGCAACCUGAAGAUCAAAACUUCUUGUAAGGAAAACAAGGCGAUCUACAGUGCUCUGCAAAUGGACAAAAUGGGAAACCUGGUUGAUUUUCCUGCACUUGAACAACAAAUACAAUCGGCAAAGACCAAUAUGGAGACCCAAUUAGCCGGCGUCCUUGCUCAGCUGACGGGAGGUAAUUUCGGAAGUGUUAGCCUGAACUCGGCUAAGCUUGAUAAAAUAAAAACUGACAUUGGACACAUGGAUGUUGCUGGCGUUGAAAGCAAGGUUACUGAUCUGCAAAAUAAAGUGGACGCGUUGGCAAGGCUCUCAGGUCUACCUGCCCCUCAGCACCAACACAUAUUGACAAUCACUGCAUCACUGAGUGUGAUUAAACAGAAGUUAGUUCCUCUCAAACAACUGAAAGUCUCAAUCGGGCCUAUGGUUGAUGACGUUAAGAACCAGCUGACGACGGCGACUUCCCAGAUCACAGGAAACGGAGAAAUGACCAGGCUGUCGAAUGAAUUCAUCAAUAAUACAUUUGAUGUUGUGGAUGUAUUUUAUAGAAGCACUAAGAAUGCGAUCUACCAAGAUCUUGGAAAAUGUGGUCCAAUUUGGAACCUGUACAGUUCUAUCGUCAUCAUAUCGGUGUGUCAGUACACUGUAGAUGCACUGAACGGAUUCUGGUUUUCGUUGGGUUGGUGUAUAUUCUUCCUCGUCCCAAGCAUUGUGUUUGGUAUCAAGCUGUCCAAUCUGUUCCGGGAUAUACCCUCCGGCCUGCAAGAGCCAAAAUGGAAGAACAGGAACAAAGUUGGCCAUUCUGCUGAACACCCUUUUAGGUAUUAAAGCAAAUACCGACUUUUGUGUACUAGACGGAAUACGAUUAGAUAGUGUUUAUGUGUGAUUAUACAUUUGUUUACUUGAUUUAUAAUAUCUUUUGAUCAUUUGCAUUUUAUUCAAAAUUUUAUGUUUUUGUAUGUUGUUGGUAGUUUAGUAAAUCACUAUUAAUUUGUAUUUCGUGUCUACGGGCAUUUAGAAUCCGUCCGAAAUCAAAUGUUUGUCCGUCCAGGAAAUAUCCGCUUCACAUUGACUAAUUUAAAUUAUAGCUAUCUUAUUAGCAAAUAAUUACUAUAUACAUGUACAAGGUUUUGUUAUAUUUUUUUAUCGUUUAUUUUAUGACUGAUUAUAUAUUUUACUAGCUAGGUUAAUAUUUUGCAGAUAUCCAUUUAACAAAAUUUAUUUACAUAAUUUAUAACAAUCAAUGUGAUAACAUACAUGUAUCUACUUGAAUGCAUAGUGAUCUGCAUUGGAAGUUUUUGGCGCAGAGAAGGUUUCAACCAAUGCCAGGGAAAAAAUCAGAUUAGAUGGCAACAAGACUUAUGUGGCUUUGAAGUCUCUCAAUAGAAUCUCAUUCGGAAUUUACCUGCGGAGUUAUUUAAGCGUUAAAUACACUGGGAUGUUGCUAUGAACGCCUGUAAAACACAAAUCUCAAAAAGCAUUUAGUUUAUAUUUUUUCCAAGUAAAAUAUUUUAUACUUAUAACAACAAUGUGCAUUUAUGCAGAAUACUUGACACUUCCAAAAAUUGCACUGCGUUUAAUUGAUAUGCAAGGACGUCUUGUGAAAUAUUGAUAGAGGUAUUUUUUUUAUUGUAGUCUGUUCUAGAACAUUUGCCAGUUGAAGUUAUUUAGUUGUAAGAAAAAACUUCGAGUAGAAGGUUCAAUCAAUUUACGGAAAUGUAUCUGCAUUUUUAAUUUUUCAGAAAAGAAUAUAAACAUUAUUGAUUGACGAUUUUAUAUUGUGUGUUCUUUACGGAUCUCUAAAACUCGUAUUAAUUUAUUGUGCUCCAAAUGUAACAUUACAAAAAUAUCACAUUCACGUAAUCAGAUGAUUACAUAUAUUGUGAAAUAUAUAAUCUGAGAUUGCUACGUGUGAAAUCAGGAUUUAAAUGUAAUUUGUGCAUUGUGUAAUUUACCUAACAUAACAGUUUUUUGAUAUUUGAUUCAUUGUAUGUUCUUUUUGUUGAUUUCUUAACUGGUAUUUGUAUUUGGUAUUUGUCGUCAAUUUAAUCAAACCCGAUUUCUAUAUCUGGUAUCAGUUGGUACAAUGACUGCCACUUUUGUUAAUAGUAUAUCUAUAACAAUUCCUCUCGAAUUUAUCCAAUGUUGUAGUAUUUCGCUAAACGCUUUCCCUAUACUUGCUCUUUAUUUUUUGUAUUACAGAAAUGUUCAAAUCAUAUAGAAUAAAAUCCGUAUUGAGAGUUUUUA